AUGCUCGCUAUCAAGAAAUCAGAAAAUAAGACGCCGAGUUGUGCGGUCAGUAUACUGCCCUGUCGCAUCCAACACAACGGCCCCGUCAACGCGAGCACGAGACAUUGGACGCCAGAAGUGAGCGAUGACGGUAAAAGCAACACUGCAUAUUUCCGUGGCAGGAAAUUGAAUGGUACUGUUGUGGAGCUGCCUGAUGGAUACGAAGAUAUUCUUCUUCCAACCACAAGCCCAAGCACGGCAUCAAACCCUCUCGACGACUCGGAACAAGAACAAGACUCGACGCCAGAAACAAAAGUCCUCGGCCAACUAGCAACAUUCGAUAAAAUCACAGUCUAUGGUCACGAAGUACAACCAGAUGCACAAGAGGAUGUAUAUGUCAAGGGCAUCAAUGAGUGGAUUGGUUUGGCUGGUGCGAUGAACUCAUUUUAA